ACGUUAAUGGGAAUGCAAUGUUUCUUUCCUUCGCAUGGCGGAUUAACUAACGAAACCGUCCCACGCCUUUAAUUUACCUCAAUCUUUGAUUCCACCGGCUAAUCCAUCUGCAUUCUUCUUCCGCCAGCGAUCGAUUCCCAAUUUCUGUUUUUUCUUCGUUUUCCUGUUGUUUUCUCCGUUUUCUGUGUUGUGAUGAUGCGAAUGAAGUUAAUUCCCGAUACGGGAUCAACGUCGGGGUUAUGAUCGAGAAUCGGAGCGGCGAAAAGAUCGGAAAUCGGCUCAAUUCAACCGGAGGAUCUCGCGGCGUGAUAAUGGGUACCAGUUACAAUUAUUACAAAAUGUUCGGGUGCUUCAAUCGGAAGUUCAAGGUCAGCGAGCCGGAGCCGCCGCCGGACGUGAAGGAGGCAUUCUCACGGUACGCGGAGGGGGGGAUCCACAUGACGGUGGAUCAGUUGCUGAAGUUUCUGGUGGAGUACCAGCAGGAGAAGUGGCGCACCGUCGACGACGCGGAGGCGAUAAUGCACCAGGUGUUCAAGCAGCGCCACCACUCCCCUGACCGCCAGUUAGGGUUCAACCUCGACGACUUCUUCCAUUUCCUGUUUCAGGAUGAUCUCAAUGGACCGAUUAAUUCUCAGGUACACCAUGAUAUGACUGCUCCGUUGCAACAUUAUUACAUAUAUACAGGUCACAAUUCCUACUUGACGGGGAAUCAAAUAAGCAGUGACUGUAGUGAAAUCCCGAUAAUCCGAGCUCUGGAGAAUGGCGUUCGAGGAAUAGAACUCGAUUUGUGGCCAAAUUCUUCGAAAGAUAACAUACAUGUUCUUCAUGGAAGGACUCUAACAACGCCAGUUUCGCUCAUCAAAUGCUUCAAAUCUAUCAAAGAGCACGCUUUCGUUAAGUCUCCCUAUCCAGUGAUAAUAACAUUAGAGGAUCACCUGACGGCCGAUCUUCAGGCUAAAGUAGCAGAGAUGGCUAUACAAGUCUUCGGAGAUACGCUGUUUUUCCCAGAGUCGGGAGACUUGCAGGAAUUCCCAUCACCCGAAGCAUUACAGCACAAAAUUAUAUUCUCAACGAAACCACCCAAGGAGUACCUUGGAGGCAGCAGUGGGAAGGAUUUAGACAUAUCUUUACCAAUACUAAAAGAGGACUCUGGCGACGAGACUGAAGCUGAUGACAAGAGUGACAGCGAUGAGGAAUCAUCGUCUAGCGAUGGUGUGCAGCUGAAGUCUGGCUCUGCACCAGAAUAUAAACGCCUGAUAGCGAUUCAUGCCGGAAAUGCCAAAAAAAAGCGAUUGAGGCACGUCCUGAAAAUUGAACAUAAAAAAGCUAGUCGACUUAGCUUAUCCGAAGAUGAGCUUGUAAAAGCCGCGGCAUUACAUCCUGUGCAAUUAGUGAGGUUCACUCAAAAGAACAUAUUGCGGAUAUUUCCCAAGGGAACUCGUGUAACAUCAUCGAAUUUUAGGCCUACUACUGGUUGGAUACAUGGAGCUCAAAUGGUUGCCUUUAAUAUGCAGGGAUACGGAAAAUCUCUCUGGAUGAUGCAGGGCCUGUUUAGGUCGAAUGGAGGCUGUGGUUAUGCAAAAAAACCAGCUGUGCUCAUGGAAAAAGAUGCUAGUGGCGAUGUCUUCGAUCCCAAAUUGCCAUGGCCAGUGAGGACGACGUUAAAGGUAACUGUGUACAUGGGCAACGGUUGGCGUUUGGAUUUCAGCCAUACUCACUUUGAUAAACAUUCGCCACCCGAUUUCUACACAAAGCUAUACAUAUUCGGAUUGCCACUCGAUGAAGGGAAGGGGAAGACGCGAGUAAUAGAAGACGAGUGGAUACCUCAUUGGGACCACGAGUUUUCAUUCCCGUUAAGAGUUCCUCAGCUAGCUCUGCUACGAAUAGAGGUUCGGGAGUAUGACCUGUCGGAGAAGGAUGAUUUCGGAGGGCAGACAUGCCUUCUGGUGUCGGAGUUGAGACCGGGGAUUCGAUCGGUGCCGCUGUACGACAAGAAGGGCAGGAAGUUCAAGUCUGUGAGGCUUCUUAUGAGGUUUCAGUUUGUAUGAAAUAUGGUUUCUUCACACACACACACCCGCAUGUAUAUGUAUGUGUAAAUAUAUGUGUUAUGGUUGUUGCUUCUUU